AUGGCAAUCGUACUCAGGGUCACGAAACUCCCAGCAGCAUCCUUGGCCUUCACUAAUCUGUCUUACGUCCAUCCUAAAGUCUAUGCGGAACUCGUCGCGCACAGCGAGGGGGGGCGGCAGCACAGUGUACAGACAGCCUGUCCUGUGCACUGUCAUGUGGGCUGCAUUAUCUUGGGGGUAAUGCCUGAGCCGAUGGUGCAGAAGGAAGAAAUUGGCCUCAGCAUUUGCCACAGAGAAAGCACGCGACUGCAAUUAGGGGACGCAGUUCAUCUACGCGUGCUGAUGCUUCCACAGCCAAAACCUGUCGUGGGUUUAAUGCAGUUGGAAGUUUCCACCUACGUCCGGCCAAUGGAACGCAUUUGUAUUAAAGAUGAAACUCUUGAACUCGAUAUUCGCGAAGCCUUCACCGGCCAGUAUUUCUCCGUGGGGCAGUCUGUUGCCCGCCGACAUGGAAAGGAGACCCUUAAGCUCACUGUGGUGCAAAUGGUCCCUGUGGAGACAGCGGGCGACAAACGCGCGGCGCCCGUCAGUCCGUUUGCGGAGCUGACGGCUCAGACGGAAUUGUUGUUUUCCAGCGAGUCCGAUUGUCGGGUGCACGUACAGUCGCGAAAGGUGUUGCCAUCUCCGUUGGUUUCUCCCGAUUUUUCCUUUCAAAAGUUGGGCAUAGGGGGUCUAGAUAAGCAGUUUUCGGAGAUUUUUCGACGUGCCUUUUCGAGCCGAGUGUUCCCUCCUCAUUUGGUCGAGGAGUUGGGGCUGAAGCACGUGAAGGGGCUGCUACUCUACGGGCCCCCUGGCACAGGAAAGACGCUGAUAGCACGGCAAAUCGGGAAGGCGCUCAAGGCGCGAGAGCCCAAGGUUGUUAACGGCCCUGAAAUUCUUAAUAAGUACGUGGGACAGUCGGAAGAGAAUGUGCGGGCGCUGUUUAAGGAGGCAGAGGAGGAAGAACGCAAGCGAGGGGCGGAGUCGGGCUUGCACAUAAUUAUAUUUGACGAACUCGACGCGAUCUGCAAGCAAAGAGGUUCGAACCCUGGCGGGGCAGGGGUGACGGAUUCCGUCGUGAAUCAGCUUUUGUCAAAGAUAGACGGCGUGAACGCCCUAAACAAUAUCUUGCUGAUUGGCAUGACCAACCGACUCGAUUUGAUUGACGAGGCGUUGCUGAGGCCGGGGCGCUUCGAAGUGCUCAUUGAAAUCGGCCUCCCUGACGAGAAGGGGCGGCUGCAGAUCCUCACAAUUCACACACAGGCGAUGCAGCAGGCUCAACGGCUGGACCCCUCUGUGGACUUGGUCUUGUUAGCAGAGAUUACGCGCAAUUUCUCUGGCGCAGAGCUAGAGGGCCUUGUGCGUUCUGCUGCAUCAUUUGCGUUUCAACGCUCCGUUGACAUGAAAGACCUUUCGAAGGCAGCAGACGCCUCAGCCAUCCGCAUCACCAUGCAGGACUUCGAAGCAGCUCUGGAGGAGGUGCGGCCUGCCUUCGGGUCUCACGAAGAGAGCCUCUCCCGGUGCAUACAAAACGGAAUCAUAUGCUUCAGUAACAACUGCAAACGCCUGCAGCAAACCUGCUUGACGCUGGGGGCGCAAGCUAGGGACAGCUCCCACACACAGGUGCUCUCGGUCCUGCUGCAGGGGGUCCCAGGAAGCGGCAAGACGGCCUUAGCCGCCUCGGUAGCCAAGCUUUUGUCUUUUCCCUUCACCAAACUUGUGUCAGCAGAAAGCUGGGUUGGUCUGCCCGAGAAUGCUAGAGUCAAUCUGCUGCAAAAGGCAUUUCAAGAUGCCUACAAAUCAAACCUCUCACUGGCGCUGUUGGUGUUGGCGAAGAAGCAGCCGCCGAGGGAUGGGGCCAAGCUUUUGGUCAUCGGCACAACCUCAGAGGCGGACUUUAUUCGAGAGGCAGGUAUUGCUAAGGCAUUCAACGUAUGUUUAGAUGUACCCCCUGUAAGGGGCUCAGAAGAGAUCGCCGCCGCCUUGAGAGAACUCAGCGCAGACCGUUAUCUCUUCCGCGAAGAUGAAAUCAUGCAGGUUUGUGAGUCGGGGGUCUUGGAGACGAUCCCAAUCAAACAGCUCAUCAUGGUCACGGAGAUGGCGGCAGAGAAGUGCAAACCAGAGCCAAUAAAAGCGGACACCUUCAUCAGCUGCUUGAGGGACUGCGGACUCGACAACUUCUCUCGGUUGUUUUGA